UAUUUUUGUCUAUGAUCUCUAUCUUGAUCGCCUUAAAGAAGUUAUCACUUCCACACUUGUACUACUACUUUUAAUAACUGGUCCCACCGACUUUUUUGUCUUCAUUUUAUGAUCUGAGUCUGAUCUCCUCCUCUUCUUCUUCUUCUUCUUAUUUUUGCUUUUCAUCUUUCUCUGUCUUCCACUUGCUAAAUCUGCAUUUAAUACCUGGAAGGUCUUCCUGUUUCUCGUCAAAGUCUACAUUGGUGUUUUACUUUUAGACAAAACCGUGUUUCAACUUUUGUGUGUUGUGUGUGUCCACCCGAAGCAGAAAUCUAAACUCUGAAAAAGGUGGAUCAUCAUUUGUUUGUUGGUUAUCUUCACUUAUUUUUUCUGGUAAAAUUUGCGGUAGAUCCUCAUUUGUCUUUCUCUUUAGAUUCUCUCUCCUUCAAAAGUGUUCAAUCAUUGAAGAAGAUUUUUUGAGGGUCUUUCCUUUUUAACUUCAAUUAUUUGAAUGCUUUAUCCAUUUUAAAGUACACUUCCCGACAAGAAUCAGAGUUUGCUUACAAUUAAAGGGUUUGUCUUGUGUUAAAAACACUUACAAAAGGGAAAGUAGCAAUUAGAUCCUUCUUUAAUUAAGAUGGAAAUGGCUUAUGGUUGAUACAAAUUUUGUGGAUUUUGUUUGUGAAUUUUAAGGUGUUCUUCUGCUGAGCAUUAAUGGGGGAGAUGCAAGUUAGUGUUGCCACUAUUGACGAUAAGGUACUAUUGCCUUUGACUGUUCUUUUGUAGAGAUCUUCCAAGUUCUUGAAAACAUGGUCUUUUUGAUGGAGGGGUCUUGAUUAUGCGUCCAUAAGGGGUUUUAUGGUUUGAUGGAAGAUAAACCGGUGGCUUCAUCGAACCCGAGCCUGCAAGUGUCUGUUUCAUUUGGUAGGUUUGAGAAUGAUAUACUGUUAUGGGAGAAGUUCUCUGCUUUCUCUCCAAACAAGUACUUGGAGGAAGUUGGUAACUUUGCUACUCCAGGGUCUGUAGCUCAAAAGAAAGCCUAUUUCGAAGCUCAUUACAAGAAGAUCGCUGAGAAGAAAGCUGAGAUCUUUGAUCAUGAGAAACAAAUGGAAAAGAAUGCUUCUUUUAGAUCGGUCGUUACAAAUUAGGGGAGCAUGGAAGGCGAAAUUGAUGAAGAAUGUAAUGGGCAGUUCACUUGUGAAGAAGAUAAGCAUGUGACUGAUAUUGCUAGUGAGGUGAAGGAGGUUAAUGAAGAAACUAUCAUUGUCAAGGAAUGUCAAAGCUCGGUUGAUCAGAUGAAGGAAGAAGUUGACAACAGUCUGGAUAGUCCUAAGCUGGAGAUAGUAGAAGAGGUUGCCCUCAUGGAGGAGAAACCAGAAGAGGUUUUACAAAUUGGAGAGAAAGUUCUAUCAAAUGAAACGCCAAUGACGGAGAUGGAAAUAGAGAAACCCUCAAAGCUAACCAAGAAGGAUGUUAAUGUGGUGAUCAACCGUACAAGAAACUCUCCUAUGCCUGAUCAGGUGAGGACAAAACAGACAACUAACAAGAUUGCAACAACACUACAAGAAAACAUGGGGAUUCUGAUGGCCGAAAUCGUCGGAAAUUCGUCGGAAUAGACCGAUUCCGACGAAUUUCCGACGAACCUGUCCGUCGGUAUCGUUUCGUCGGAAAAAAAAAAUUUCGUCAGAACUUCCGACGACUUUCUGACGAAUACC